UUGACCCCGUAUUUUUGCCGUAGUUGGUGUUGUCCUGGUUACGUUGUCAUGGUUACGGCGUCAAACCAUAGACUGUAAAUAUUAUUACAUAAAUAGUCUAACUCAAGCGGCUAAAGUCAACAGUGCGCAGUAAAUAUCUCAGUAUCAAUUCAACAAUGACCUCCGCAGAGAGGAAAAGGGAGCAGAAGAGGGAGGAGGAUCAGGAGGAGGUGGUGUCUGACCUGCAGCUGAGCUUUGCCUUUGGGAACAGUCUUGUCAAACCCCAGAGCCCCCAUAUGACACCAGAGGAUGCUGAGCCCCAGGAGCUCCCCGAGUAUUAUCCAGCAGUGAUGUUGGAUCUGAGCAGAACUAACCUGAAACACAUCACAGACAGUAUUCUGAAAGAUAGCAAACUAAAGUGUUUAUACCUUGAAGGGAACCAGAUAACCCACGUCCCAGGUUCAUUGUUCAUCAGCCUGCCCAACCUGCGGUGGCUGGAUCUCAGAAAUAACCAAAUUGAAUCGCUCCCCGCUGAAAUUGGCUCGCACAGAUGUCUGAAAACUCUACUUCUGGAAGGAAAUUCCAUCUCAGAACUUCCAGCAGAGUUGGGUCGUGUGAUCACCCUAACAGGCUUGAACCUGAGGUCCUGCCCCAUCACUUUCCCCCCGCAGGACAUCGUGAACCAGGGGGUCUAUUGCAUCCUGCAGUACCUGAGGUCAUGUCUGACGAAGACUCCUCCAGGUGCAGUGGAUGUGUCGGUCGUGGAGCUUCCGCUGGUGGAGAAGCUCCAGCUGUCCGAGCUGAUGGGGUCAAGUGUGGAGGAUCAGGAGGAGUCUGUGGACGAGGAGGAGGAGCUGCAAAGAUUCAGGGACCUCAAGCAGAAGAUGAUCCUGCUGGACAAGGCUGAGCUGGGGCCGAUAGAACAGGGAGACAGGAAGUCCCGCCCUCGUCCUGUUAUUAAAAGAAAAAAGGCGACUGGCAAGGCCGGCAUAAUUCCCGAGCUGCCGUUGUUUGACACUCGGAGGAGGCCAGAGGAGAGGAGACAGGCGGCAAUGAAGGAGCUGAAGGAGAAGCAAGCCAUCCUCGAGCACAGAAGGAACAGCCAGGAGGCUCUUCGGGUGUGGCAUUCACAAGCCAAGCAGAAAAGGCCCAAGAAACAGAGCAAACCGAGAGAUCAGGAGUUUCAGGAGGCAGACACAGAAUCUAAACCUGGUGUCACAGAGGACAGAGGUGGUUCUCUACAGAGUCAGACUUCCUAUAAGACCAUCACAGAGCACGAGGAGUCCAGGUCCGCCCGUGAGCUCGAGCGGCAGUUCUGUGCCCGUGUGGAGACGCUGCAGGACCGACGCAGGAAUCCCAGGGGCAGCAGCAGCGAGCAGAUGGCGGCGGCAGAGCAGGACAUGGAGGAGAUGAGGAAACUGCAGACUCGGCUACUGGAGAAGAAGACGAACCGAGAUAGAAAUCUUGACAAGCGUUUCAUCAUGUUCACUGCAGACACCUUCACUGCAGACACCUGGCCGAGUCACCCUCAGAACUGACUGCCCUUUGAGUUUUUGUCAAACUCAAAACUUCUAGUGAAGAGACUCAUCCCUUUAUACAUGACUGUGUUAAUGCUGGUGACUUUAAAAUAAAAAACACAUUGUUGUUACUGCGUGAACAG